AGGUACAUAGACCCAACGCCCGAGUACACACAGGUGGGCACCCACAGCACAUACAUGUGUAGCUCCACGCACGCUGCAUGUACUAAUGCCAGCGAGAAGUACCUGCUAAGCAUGUGCACAUAUUAACUACAAACCCCAGCAACCCAUACAUUAAACAUCUACCUUUACAUCACAUGCAUUUAUCGAAUUAUUAUAGAAUGCCAGCAGAUUCCGUAGAGCUAUUACAACAGGGGCACAGCCGAAAUUAACGGUAUCAUUAAAACUGACGAUAAGAUUAACACACGUUAAAGCGUACUGGUACGGAAGUAGAAGAGGGCCCGGCUCUUGAGAUAUUACGAUCUAUUAAGUAGAUUAUACAAUCUAUUUAAUUAGAUUUGCACGGGUUGGUUACACAUCGUAUGUAUAUACAUUAGCUACACACCCACACAAACACAUGACAUCUGCACAACUCAAGUGAACACACGCUACACGCAUACGUUACAAACGAGAACGACAUGGAUGCACAUUAGAUAUACCGUGCUUUAUUUAAUAAUGUUAAAGCGCAUUAGGUACACAUCCGUCACAGUAGGAAAACACAAGAUACACACGCUUUAAAUCAUAUUGUUGUGCCCAACCUACACAUUCAUCAUUAGAAAAUCGCAUUUAAGGCAAACGCAGGCAGUUUAUGUAGUCACACUUACGAGCUGCAAAGACUUAAUGUACAUAUAUAUACGUUCUGCCAGCGAGAGCACAUUUUAGAGCUAUACACAUAAGGGAUAGACAGUUUGCACACACACACACACACAUUCUUUAGAUCUUAGACCGACACAUCACGCACUGGAUGCUGGAUCCCGCAAGAAUAAACUUAUCCUAGGAAAUGCGAGGCAAGCUUUAUUAAGAAGGAUAAAAAUCGUGAAAGCCACCCCAUCAUGGGACAUCCCAGGCAGCAGGACACAGCCUCCCACCUCCUAAAGUACUGCUAACAGAGACCAGGGCCUAUGUCAUAGGAUGAACACUGCCUGUCCCCUCUUACUGUCUGUGAUAUCGUCUCUUGUCUUGUGCUCCUGGGGUUCUCACCCCUCACCGAGCACAUGCUCGGCCUUGGCAUCUGGUGUUCUCUACGGAGCGUUCUCUCUUAAGGACCUUUUUCCUGUCUUCUCACCCGGGUGUUCCUGGACCCUGGAGAACCCUGACCCCACCAAGUACACUUUAUACCUAAAAUUCACCUACGAGGAGCAAGUGUGCUCACAUCUCUCCCCCAUGGUGCAACCUCUGGAUCAUUAUUUGCCCAACCAUACCUGCAGCAGGCCUGAGGAAGGGGCAGAGGAGGCUCGGGAACUGUGCAUUCCAGGUUCACCAUUUACCUUCUCACACUUUGACAAGAACUUCCUCCGUCUGUGCUUAUCCGAGCAGCCCUUGUCGAUCCAGCUUCUCCCUGACUCCGUGCUGAGCUUCCGUUUCGUUGAGGUGCUUUUGGUCAACCAUGACAACUCCAGCCAGUUUGCAUGUGGUGUAUUGUGUCGGUGGUUUGAGGAAUGCCUGAGGGCCAGAGACUGGGGGGUGCGCUGUGGACUGACACAGACAGGCUGCACUUGCCCAGAGACGGUGGCACGUGGACGCAAUGACACAGCCUCCAAUUCCAUUGUCCCAGCAGGGCACAGCGAUUGUUGUGUUACCCAGCUUCUUCCUGGAACCAGCAAUGAGGAAUAUCCUCGACCCAUCCCAUAUGGUGAGGAUGACCUGGAAGAGAACCAGAAGGUCAAAACCCAACGACCAAGGUCUGCAGAUGAACCCGCUGUGUACAUGGCACAGACAGGAGAUCCAGCAGCAGAAGGCUGGUCGCAAUGGGGUGUUUGCUCCAUGACAUGUGGACAGGGGGUCCAAGUUCGCACCCGCUCCUGCGUAUCAUCACCAUAUGGGACACUGUGUAGCGGCCCACUGAGGGAAACAAGGACCUGCAAUAACACCAUAAGCUGCCCAGUGGAGGGGCAGUGGCUGGAAUGGGGUUCCUGGGGGAAAUGCUCGGUGACGUGUUCUAACGGCACUCAGCAGAGGAUGAGAAAAUGCAGCCAGGCCUCUGGAGACUGCAAAGGGCAGCAAAUGGAGACAAGGGAGUGCACUAAUCCCAAUUGUCCAGCGGAUGGAAAAUGGGGCCCGUGGAAUCAUUGGAGCUUGUGCUCCAAGACAUGUGACAGUGGCUGGCAGCGUCGCUACCGGAUGUGUCAGGGAACAGGCGUUCAAGGAUACCCCUGCGAGGGCUCCGGGGACGAGGUCAGGACGUGCAAUGAAAAGAAAUGUCCAGCCCUACAUGAGAUGUGUAAAGAUGAGUAUGUCUUGUCUAUGACCUGGAAGAAAACAGCCGCUGGAGAAAUUGUGUACAACAAGUGUCCCCCGAAUGCCACAGGCUCUGCUAGUCGACGAUGUCUGCUUAGUCCCCAGGGUGUUGCAUACUGGAGUGCUCCGAGUUUUGCCCGCUGCAUCUCUCAUGAGUACAGAUAUCUUCACCUUGCAUGGUCAGAGCUCUCUCCUUCCCCAUUCCCCCAGCUCCGAGAACAUUUGGCGAAGGGUCAACGCUUAUUGGCUGGACAGGGUAUGUCUCAGGUGGUCCGGAGCAUGUUGGAGUUGGUGUCAACCAAGAACUACUACAGUGGAGACCUUCUUUUCUGUGUGGAGAUCUUGCGUAAUGUUACUGAUACAUACAAGAGAGCCACUUACAUCCCGUCCUUUGAGGACAUUCAGAAGUUUUUCCAUGCUGUCAGCCACAUACUAGAUGCGGCGAACAAAGAGAAGUGGGAGGACGCGCAGCAGGUGGCUCCAGGCUCCAUUCUCCUGAUGAAAGUUCUUGAGGAUUACAUACAUCUGGUUGGAGAUGCACUGAAACCAUUUCAAAGCUCCAUCAUUGUCACUGAUAAUCUGGUAAUCAGCAUCCAGAGGGAACCUGUCUCUGCUGUCUCCAGUGACAUUAACUUCCCCAUGAAGGGCCGGCGGGGUAUGAACGACUGGGCUAGAAACUCUGAAGAUAAACUCUUCAUCCCAAAGGAGGUUCUGAGUCUUCCGCCUUCAGAGACAGACGAAUCUGGGUAUUUUGUCAUCGGUGCAGUUCUUUACCGCACACUUGGGCUUAUUCUGCCUCCUCCCGGGAACUCACUGGCUGUCAGUUCGAAGGUUUUGACCGUCACCGUCCGGCCUCUAACAAAACCUUCAGAGCAGCUUGUAGUGGUGGAGCUGUCCCAUAUCAUCAAUGGCACCUCCGGCCCCCAGUGUGCUGUGUGGGAUUACUCCAAAAGUGAUGCAUCUACUGGGAACUGGGACACAGAGAGCUGCCAAACUUUACCAACUCACUCAUCUCACACCAAAUGCCUUUGCGACCAACUUUCCACCUUUGCCGUGUUGGCACAGCUGCCCAAGGAGCUUCAGGUGAUGGAUGUCUCGGGAGCUCCGUCGGUCCCUCUGAUGAUUGGCUGUGCUGUAUCCUGCAUGGCCUUGCUCAUUCUCCUUGCUGUUUAUGCUGCAUUUUGGAGAUUUAUCCGUUCUGAGCGUUCCAUCAUUCUUCUCAACUUUUGCCUGUCCAUACUGGCCUCCAAUGUACUGAUCCUGGUAGGACAGUCACAAGCACUCAGCAAGGCUGUCUGUGCUCUGAUCGCUGCCUUCCUGCACUUUUUCUUCCUUUCCUCCUUCUGCUGGGUGCUGACAGAAGCCUGGCAGUCGUAUCUGGCUGUCAUUGGGCAAAUGAGGACUCGACUGGUCCGUAAACGCUUCUUGUGCCUAGGGUGGGGGUUGCCAGCUCUGGUUGUUGCUGUAUCUGUCGGUUUCACCCGAACUAAAGGCUAUGGAACGCCUCAUUACUGCUGGCUCUCUUUGGAGGGAGGUCUGCUCUAUGCCUUUGUUGGACCUGCUGCCGUCAUUGUUCUGGUGAACAUGUUGAUUGGGAUCAUUGUCUUCAAUAAAUUAAUGUCUCGGGAUGGGAUAUCGGACAAAUCCAAAAAGCAGAGAGCAGGAAGUGAGACUUCCUGCAGGGACCUGCUGCUGAUCUGUUCCACCUGUGAAGUGGUGCCCAGUUCAAGCCUCUCAGCAGCUACUGCCAGCAAUGCUGUGGCAUCUCUCUGGAGCUCCUGCGUGGUCCUCCCACUUCUUGCCCUAACUUGGAUGUCUGCUGUUCUGGCCAUGACUGACCGCCGCUCCAUCCUCUUCCAAGUACUCUUUGCAGUGUUCAAUUCUGUGCAAGGCUGUGUAAUUAUCACUGUACACUGCUUCCUGCGCCGAGAGGUGCAGGAGGUGGUAAAAUGCCAGAUAGGUGGAUGCCGCAGUGAUGACAAUGAGGAUUCACCAAAUUCCUGUAAAAAUGGUCAGCUCCAGAUCAUGACAGAUUUUGAAAAAGAUGUGGACCUGGCAUGCCAGUCUGAUGAAAAGACCUCGUGGUACACAGCACAUGGGGAGACAGUCCUAUUUAAAGAACUCAAUACUUGCCAUCCAUCCAGUGUUACAGGAGCCCUUUCCCGCAUUUCUUUAGAUGAUGAGGAUGACCUAAAGAUGCACAAAGGGGGAGAAGGACUCAGCUUCUCUCACCUACCUGGAAGUAUGUCAUCUCCAGGUGGAAUUCUACUCCAGGUGCCCAAACUUACCCACAAUCAAGUAAAUGAGCUCAAUGAUCCUCUUCCUAAAAAGGAAGUUAAUGUGGAACGUGGGCCUGUCUACCUGUGCCCUGAAGGAAACCUAUGGCCCCUAGACUUUGGAGAUGCCUCUCAAGAGCCUUCACUGGAGAGUGAGUACAUGGUGCUACCAAGAAGGACUCUGAGCCUAAAGCCAUUUGGCCGUGAUCAUGGAAAACUCAAUGUCAAGCUUGCAGACUUGGGCAAAGGGCGCCAACAAGGGGACACAGAAAGUUACCCUAAUUUCCUAUCAGUAGACCACAUAAAUGUCAACCUCACCCCACCCUAUGUGCCCACUCAGCAACAGUAUGGCCUGCCUUUUAAGCAACCACCAUCAGUACGACAGAUUCUAGCAACAGAAAUGAAUGAGCGCAGUCGUACAAUGCCCCGCACAGUGCCUGGUCCAUCUAUGAGUGCUGGAUCCCUAGAGCGGAAGCGACUGAGAUACUCAGAUUUGGAUUUUGAGAAAGUGAUGCACACAAGAAAGAGACACUCAGAGCUUUAUCACGAACUGAACCGCAAGUUCCACACCUUGGAGAGAUACCGCGAUGCCAAUGCGAAGAGAGACAAGCGUUGGAGUAUAUCCUCAGGAGGUGGAUUAGAGAGAACGUCAGCCAGUGAGAAGACAAGUCCAGCUGGCCCCCAUCAGAAAGUCUGGGAUAGCUACAGGGCACGCUCCUCACAGAUUCAUGACCGGCUGGGUCUGCGCUGUGUUGAUUGGGAUCAACCUCCACGUAUAUCCAUGGAUGUGUCAGAUGGGGACUAUCAGACUGAAGUAUAAGUCUCCCAUUUAAUUUUACAUAUCUCUUGUACAUCUGCGGGAGACUUGUCUACCAGUGGCCCAGGCACAGUCUGCUGGAUCUCAGACCACUAGGAUUACAUGUGGCUAAUGAAGUGUUUACUGGGACACACUGGAAAUGCCACCAUUUUAUGUCAUGUUAAAAAGAGCUGGCGUUUAAGGACAGCCAGGUACCUCUAUGAGAUGUCCAAAUGGAUUCAGCUAAUGAAUUUAGUGUCUCACAAGAGAUGCAUUUCUCAAAUUUUGUGGAUGUGUAUCCAGAUUCAAACUUCACUUUCCCUUUAUCAGUGGAGACUAGUUCAAGCGAGCUGCUAGUUCUCACUAAACACACACACACACACACAUGUACCUCUCACACACUUUCCUUUGUCCCUUUUCUUGGACAUUGCUUGUCAAGUGACCACUAUCUUCCAGUUUUAUUGCCUCCCCCCUCUCUCUUGCCCCUGCCGUUUUGAGGUAGGGAGGAAGAACCUUACCUUUGCCUUCACAGACUACUAAAUAUGAUCAGCAAGAAUGAACUCUUGUGGCCUCCUUCCAUUGCUCACUGAGUGUUUUCGUCCAAGGGGCAGUGGGGAAAGGGGUCAGGCAGCACUGGGUUUUAAAAAUGCCUAGAAUUUGUUUAAAAAGAAGAAAAAAAUAAAAAAAAUCUUUUGACUCAUGAA